AUGAACGGGCGAGGACGAAUUAUCACGAUGCCGGCCGAGUGUACGGCGAAUCCGCUGCAACGGGCUCUGGCCGACGCCAUCAUCCGCAUGGUGUCCAUGGACGAGUUGCGGAUUUUGCUGGCCUGCGGUGCAAAGGUAAACGAACACGUGACCCAAGGCCUGAAACCGCUACAUUACGCCGUCUGGCAGAACAACGAAGCUGCAGUUAAUCUGCUGAUCGUACGUGGAGCCGAUAUUAAUGCGAUCGAUGAGGUCGGUUACAGCGCCUUGCAUUUAGCGGCCGAGCAUGGCUAUCUACACCUGGCCAAAACUCUGCUGGAUGCAGGCUGCAAGGUGGACUACCGAGAACCCACCGAUGAUCCUUAUCCUCGGACCACUCUCUGUGACGAGCCGCUUAGGUUGGCGUUGCGUAAUAAACAUUACGAGGUGGCCCGACUUCUGCUGGAACGGGGUGCUGAUCCGAAUAAGCGCUAUUUCUUCGGUUCCGAGAUUAAUCUGGCGACGGAUGUGGAAAGUUUGCAAUUGCUCCUGACGUACGGAGCCAGCACGGAGGCUCGCGAUCGUUCCGGAAUUACACCGCUGAUGCGGGCUGUCAGGACAAACGGAAACAUUGACUUGGUGUUGCUGCUGCUGCACUAUGGAGCAGACGUGAAUGCGAUGACCGAUUCUCGGAAUGACUACCGCACCGUGCUGCAUUACGCAGUUCUAUCAGGAUUAGAUCUGUUCGGUGGCAAUGCCUCACUUGUAACGAUGCUUUUGAAACAAGGAGCCCGCGUAGACAUACCGGCACCGUUACCCGAACCGGACCGGCCGAGUCCGCUGGAUCUGGCCGUACUGCGGGGUGAUCCGGUGCUGGUUAGAACACUGCUUGAACACGGUGCAAAUGUGAAUCGUAGUAGCCCGGUGAUUGGCUCGCCGUUGCAUGUGGCCUGCGCCGAUAAUAUUCCCAACAGAGUCGAAAUCAUGAAGAUGCUCUUAUUUUACGGUGCUGACCCGAACAUACGAGUCGUUGGAGACGUAGCCACCAACGCGAUACUGCGUCCUCCAUUGGCCGAACUGCUUGCCAGCAACGAGCACGUGACACCGGAAGAACUGCAUCUGCUGCUCCGAUACGGCGCACGGGUUAUCCUCAAGACACAGUACCGGGAUCCAGACGGUUUGCUAAACUGCCUCUCAAAUAUGCACCACGAAUCGGAAUCCUUCCGCAUUAUCCUGGACGCAGCCGAAGAGUUCGAUCCGUGCGUGAUUCGUCGCAAUCUACAGAUCACCGACGAGCAGCGCAUCCUGCUGAAGCAGCGUGCCACGGUUCCACGGAAACUCAAAUCACAGAUUCGUGCACACUACCGCCGGCUGUUUGGGCGCAAUCUGUGCGAAUUCGUGCCACCUCUGUUCAUACCGGGCGAACUGAAGAGUUACUUGCUGUACGAGCACAACCUAUAGGUGAUCUGGCUUACCUUGGCGCAUAGCCUAUCUUCUUUUACACUGGACCUGAUAAGACUACUCUAUAUGUCCCCAAUGGUGAAUCAUUUGAUAUUCCUAUCCAUAUGAUAGACUAGUUUGUAAACGACUGUUUCGAGUCUGUGCCGUCGACUGCCACGUACACUGGUGUCCUGAUGGUUCCGGUAGAGGCUCUUUGCUGGACACUGAGUUGAGUGAAGCACGCUUCACAAUCCGUCCGGAUGCGGAGAAUUUUAUGCGCAAGCUCUUUUGAGAGUGAUACUAGAAACGGUUGUGAUAUUUGAAGUGAAUCAUUUGUAUCUUUUACCGUUCGAUUAGGAUUAGAUAAUACAGCAACGAACUGUUAGAUUGUAAGUUGUCGAAUUUAAUGGGCUCAUUGAGAGAAGCCAAUAAAUACGAAUCGAUAUGAGAUGUAUUUGAUAU